AUGGGAAUGCCCUCAAUGCCCAAUCAUAGCGAUACAUUCCAAAACUUUCCAGGCGAAAAGUCCCUCCAAAAAUCUUCUUCAAAAGGCCCCAUCUCUGUUCGAGAUACAACAAUUCCGCCACUAACCCCCGGAUGGGCAAGUUUCCAGAUUCAGGAUACCGCAAAUGCGGCGGAAUCCACUGUCCAAACCGUAUCAACGACAACCGAGCCUUCAACAUUUGGGCUUGGCUCUUCUCUGAAUUUCGCUUCGCAUGCUAUUCUGCCAAACUAUAAUGAUAACAUUCUCACACCGAGAGGAUCUGAAGUGGACCGAGAGGAGGCCACGAUUGAUUUGAAUCAUAUCAACUGGGAGCAUCAUGGCCCUGGAUCUUGGCUCUCAAUCUGUUCCGACCCAGGUGUACGCUGGGUCAUUAGUCGGACCGGAACAAAUGGAUUUGACCAGAUUGCACACGAUUUGAUCGGCGACUGGACAAAACACUUGACGCUUUCACAGCUUCCUAUCGGAGAAAAUAGUCCUGAACCUGACAUUCAAACAGCCUGGCAAUAUUGUACAGCAUUUUUCGACCAUACCCAUGACCCCGUACUCGCUGUUGUCUACAGACCAGAAUUCGAAGCCCAACUCCGCCUUCAUUUUCAGAGACCCCGAUCGCCGGAUGAAGAUGUGGCCUGGUAUGCUCUUCGAAACGCUAUAUAUGCCGUGGGUUGUCGAGCUGCCGCGUCAACGGGUAAUGCAAAGGACUUCCACCAGAUUCAGCAAAAGUCGCUGAAGUUCUUUCACAACGCAUUCUCAGUGUAUACAAAUUUACUCUAUAUGCCAAGUGGUCUGACCGCAGUACAGGCAUUGGUCAUCAUGACCUCUUAUGCAGAGCUUAUGGCAAGUCCUGCUGUGGAGUACAUGCUAUGCGCUUCAGCUGCGCGGCUUGCGCAAUCCAAGGGUCUCCACCGUCAGCCAUCCAAAGCUUGGAAGCUUCCAACGAAUGAGAUUCUUCACCGGAACUGGACGUUCUGGGCUAUCUACUGCCAUGACAAAUAUCUUGCACUGCGAUCUGGUCGUCCACCAACACUCAAUGAUGAUGAUAUUAGCUGCGAAAUACCCACGACGAUUCCUGUUGGCAGCACCAUAGACCAUGAAUUGUUUACAGCUAUAAUCAAACACGCUCAAAUCUGUGCAUUGAUGAUCCAACAGCUUUUCUCCGUCAAGACAUUCAAUCAAGCCCCUGAGGCCUUGUUCAAUCAUUUAGACAAUCUCGAUUGCAAACUGGAAGACUGGCACAAAUCUCUUCCGAAACGACUUCUUCCGUCAGAAGCUAACGACUCAAGUCAUCGGAGAGGUUCUGACAUCAAGGAAACAGCGAAAAUAAUCCGACUGCACAACGAGUACUAUGGCAGCAUUAUCGCCUUGCACGCAAAUUUCCAUUAUCCGUGGAUAUGCUCACUUCUACUCAACCAUAAUGAGCUGACAUUUCGAGAUAGAAUCUUCCAUAGCUCAACUCGGACAGCUGAGGCGUCCAGGAAGAUUCUUGCAUCCCUCAAAGAUACAACACCAGAUUCGAAUUCCUCUUCACCGGUUGUCUUUUACUACCCCAUGCUUGCAAUCAUAAACUUGUUUAUUUACGUUCUUAAAUACCCAACACUCCCUUUCGCGCAGUCCGAACUGGCCUUCCUCGAUAUUGGUGUUGGGCAUUUUGGCCUGGUGCACUAUUUGACUUCGGCCCAUGUAUCAUUUAGUUUCCCUCGAGAAGCUGCCGGGAUUGCAGAUAAAGCGGUGAAAGAUGCAAAAUUGAGGUUGGAAAAUUCGGGAGAGGAAUCAGGUGAACAUAAUUACGCACAUCUUCCCACUGGCAUGAGUGACCUUGUUACGUAG